AUUCAAAUGAAAACAGAAUGUUUACAUAAUUCUAAUAAUAAAGCAAUAGUAAAUCUAUUAAAAUAAAACAAAUGUAAAACCUUUACAUAUCACACUACUUAAACUGAAAUUAGGGAAGAUUUUUAUAAUAGAUAAAAAGAUUAUGAAAAAUUAUACAAAUACUACUACAAUACCAAAAAAGUAACAACAACAACAACUCCCAAAAAUUCAAAUUAUUCAAGUGCUGCCAUAAAAAUUAAAAAAGAGUUUCUUCAAAAAAGGUAAGGCUCUAAAAAAUUUUUCAUCUUUAAUGAAUAGCAUGCAGAAUAAUAGAGGUCAAUCAAAAUAAUCACAGAGUUUUUUAGAAAUCAGAAAAAGGUUGUACAAGAUAAGUAAGUAAAUUGUGAACCAAAGAUGAGAUAAUUUAACUUAGUUUUAAUUUUGGCGAUUGCGCUCCCUUUGUUAUGCCUUUUGACUGUUUUUGCUGAGAUAAGAUGA